UCCCUUUCAUAACGCAAUAGAAUGCCUUUAAAUAUUGUAUGGCGGGCUCUUUGUAUAUUGAAUACCAUUUUUCAUUUCGAUCGGGUUCGUUUAUUAUACGAAAGUGAAAGUAAGAGCACCACACACACGUGUUGUUAUACUUGUGCUGAAAAAUGACAGAUACUGGUACUGAGGAUGACGAUUGGCUAUUUGAUUCGGUUACAAGAUACAAACAUCUGCACAUGUACGAUCUACAAUAUCCAGUGACAGCAUUAGAAUGGAUUGACACAAACGGUUUCUGUGUUGCAACAAGAGGGAUGUAUAAACAUGAAGUAACUGAACUUAGCCUUCCAGAUAAACUAUGUUCAGCUGAAGAUAUGGCAUUGUCAAAGAACAGAGAUUUCCAGGUUCUUACGGGUGGGUUCAGUUCCACAGAGAUCAGGGAUAUCAAGCACAUCCUGGGAACAAGAUUAAUUUGCACAAGUGCUGUCAAUGCCGAAGGUCAGCUGGUUAUAUGGAAUUUAGGAUCUCAUGAUACAGAUCUGAUUAAAGUAGACAGAAAGUUGAAGAACAUAAAACCAAGAGGAUCAUGGUCAUUAAUAGCAGUACAAAAUCAGGAUCAUGUGACUUUUGGUUCUCAUGGAGAUAACCUUUGUUGCACAGACAUCAUAGCCCAUUCUAUUGUACAAGGCACUAGUGAAUUUUCAAAUGCUGGCAAAAUUACAAGCAUCAGAAAAUCGGACUCACAUACUGUGUUUUGUUGUCUUAUAAAUGGAAAAUUACUUAAAUGGGACAGGAGGGAGAAAUUACCAGUUGUUCUUGACACUAGUUCUGAACAGUCUUCUAACUGGACUCUAGAUCUUAAAGGGAAUGAUGUAGUUCAGUUAUCAUGUAUGGGUCGUGUUCAUUUCCUUGAUGUCAGGAAACCUGACCAGAAGAUAAGCUCCAGUAAUAUUGGCUUAACAUCUAUAGAUGUAGAGAACCUCAGAAUUUGUUUAAAGAAGGAGAAUGAUCACCUUAUGCAGUACUCAGUUUCAGGGUUUGAUGGAAAUGUUUACCUGUAUUCAAAAGAAUCAUCAUCCCCAAUAUUUGUUCAUGAAGGACAUGUUAGAAAUUGUAGUGAUGACCCUUUGGUUGUUAAGGUUGUAACUCAUCUAAGUCACCCAAUAGAGGAUGUAAUUUUAUCAGCUGCGACGGACGGGUCCUUGCAUGCAUGGCAGAACACUUGAAGAAAGGGUUCAAACUAUUAUACAGUUGAACCUUUAUUUGUAAAACUGGAUGGAACUGAGAAGAAAAUACUUACAGAUAUCUGAGGAUUUGAGAUAUCCAGGAAAAAUUAUUUAAAGAUUAAGCUUUUGAGAAUUUCAAAUCAUUUCAACAUAUCCAUUGUAUUUGAGAUUUCAGUUUUCAUCAAGAUACUUUAAUUUCAAAUGC